AUGGCGCAGAGCCCGGAUUCUGACGAUCGGAUGGACGACCGAGGCAGAUGGCUCCCACCAAAGAAGCAAGAAAGCAACAUUUUGCGGAGAUACCCUGGGCCGAUACAAACUGUUGACCUGACGUUUGGUCACAACGGGACUGAAACGAACCGCUUAACCAACGAGCAGGCCGCGAAUGCGCAUCAAUUGCCCGUGUAUAGGGCAUGUUCACUAUAUUCGGCUCGGGGCGUCUUCUGGACUGUGGAUUACCAUGCGAUUGGGAAAAAGAUAGGGGACGGGAAACACGAUCCGAACGAGGAAGAUGAUGACGAUGAAUCCGAGAGCGGAGAAGAGGACACCGAGGAGUACGACGACUGGGCGGAGUUGACAUUUGGUAGAGUCGAGGGACACCAGUCGCUGUCGUAUGCGGGUCGUCACUUAUUGGAGAAGAGGCUGCUUGCUCAGCGUCAUGAUCAAGACUGGGUUCAGCACUUGAUCCCCGAUCGAUAUCAAUCGCACAUUACCACCCGAGAUCGCAGGUCUGGCGGAUUGGUAGGCGACUUAUCGCUCUUGAUCGGUUUGGUGGCGAUGUCUGUGCCUGUAGCUAAAUGGCUUUCGAUUCUUCCGCAGACUAUCAGAAACCCGAGAGAAAGUGAACGCAGCUGGCGAAUUUGCAGGGAGCAGCUCGACGAAGUCGACCGUGGUUCACAAUGGCGCGAGCAACGCGGGAUCAUCGUCACGAUCUAUCGGCAUCCUCAUGGCAGCACAGCGGACGACUUGCACGCUUACGAGCACGGCGACUUCGGCCCAAUGUUUUCCUGA